UAUGUUUGACCGGUACGGAAUUCGGUGCUCUGCCGGUGGUGUUGCCGCCCUUUUUGUGGUCUGUGUCAUCCAACCCUCGGCUACUUUCCAUUUCUUGUAAUAUUAGGGUUGUGUUGUCUGGGUUCGGCGAUCUGUUUUAUCCCCCGACCCUUUGCGCGGCGUGCAAGUGGUGUGUUGUCUUGAUCAUCGAAUCGUUAGCUCCUUCCCGGUUUCUCGAAAGAUUAUGGUUGUUUUUAUCCUGCGUUCGGCGAUCUGUUUUUUCCAAUGGUUUUGGGCGGUAUGGAAUCGGUGUUCUGCAGGAGGAUUUGCUUUUUUUUGUUUUUGUUUGUGGCAUGUUUCGGUGGCUGUUUUGGUGAAUUUUUCGGUGGACGAGGUGUGCAUGGGCGAUUCGGGUUCUCCUAUUAUCUGGUUGGUUUAUCCUGUUUCUUUCUUCGUACGUUUGCUUGCUUGCUGAUGCUGCCGGCUGGCUUCGUUACGAAGCCUUAUAUUGAAUCCGAUGCUUCCACUUGGUGUGAUCCAAGAUCUUUCUUCUUGAACUCGAUUUUAGGUGGUUUGUUGUUUCCGACCGAAGAGAUUGUUUUCCUUUUUCUAUUGUUUUCUAAUAUGUUAUCGAAUUAUUUUACACUCUCGAUCAACAAUCUAGGAAAAUAAGUUCCAUGACAUGCGUAAUUUGCUUUUAUUGCGCUGGAGGAAAGUUUGAAAAUAAGUUCCAUGACAUGCGUGAUAAAAAAAAGUUUUAUUACUUUGUCAUGGUUUUCUCUAUAGUGGUGGAUUUUGUUGGAAAUCAUGGUAGAAAGGAUAAUGCGUGUGUGAUGCUUUCAGUUUCUUUCCUGGUUGUCAAUUAUUUGCUGUCUUAACUGGAGUAGCGUCGUGAUGUGAUUCUUCACUGUUCCUAUGGGUUUCGAGAGCCAAAUGUUUUACCUGCAGAUGCUGAAGAACUCUAUUUCAGUACAUGGAGGGGAAUGAAACCACUGACACAGAGAUCUCAAAAGAAGCUGCUCUCUUAAAAACAGAGAAUGAUCGAUCACCACGGGAACCAGUCACCGGCAGUGCAGUGGAGACAUACAGUCUGUUAGCUUCCCAGGACAGUGAUUGGCCGGAACACUUAUCUUUGCUGCGAUCACCUGAGGUGGUUAUUGAAUCUGUUGCUGGAAGGAACUUCGAUUACAAUGUAGGUACACAGGCAGGUUCUCAACCACUUUGUGCAAGCCUUCACUCUUUGAACAACCCGGCAAUAUCCGUGGAAGAGCUGACUCUGAAAAACUACAAGAAUCCUUACUUAUCACUGGAUGGUAGCUCAAGUUUAUCUUUAGGUGGCAGCUCGAGUAGUGGAGAAAAACCUUUGGUCCAGACAAGUUCAUGGCCGAAUUUUACAAGGAUUGCUGGCAGACCAAAGCAAACAGCACCAAAGGAUUAUCAAUUAUUGGGUCGCAAGGAUGCUGGAGGCAGUGCACUGCCUCCAUAUGGGUCUCAGACAUUGCUUCCACUCCUGCAAUCGCAACCAAAGACAUCCAGGGUAGAUGAGCAUGUAGCUGGAGUUGGCAACCACAGAGUCUCAAGUAAUUUAAGUGCAAGAUCUCCUCAUGAGAUCCGACCUAAGUCUCUGUCUUCUUCUGGGUUUCAACAAUUUUUUAUCAGAAGUUCCUCAAAUGGUAAAGCUGUUGCAUGUAAACAUCAAAAAGGUCAUGAUGUAUUGGACACUGCAAUAUCUGCUCUAACUAUUGAAAAGUCUAAUGUUGACAAAAGAAUUUCUUCUAAUUUGUCUCAUGCGCUCGGUGAAAAGGCGGAUAGGAUGCACCUUUUAGGUGGUGGAGAACUGGUCUCCCAUCACGGGGAUAUUACUUUGAGGGAGUGGCUUAAGCCUAAACGGCAAAGGAUAAGUAAGGCUCAGAGGAUGCAUAUAUUUAAGCAGAUUCUGGGUCUUGUUGAUGCUUGUCACACGAAAGGGCUUGCUUUGCAGCAUUUACGACCAUCAUAUUUUCUUGUGCUACCCGUAGAUCAGAUUAAAUACAUUGGAUCUUUUAUCCCUCGAGAACAGGUUGAGCUAGCUCCGAAUAUUCACCAUGAGCAGCAUCCAUUGAAAAAGAAGAGGCAUAGGGAACCAGAUGAAGCAGUUGAUGAAUUCUUGAAACUAAAGCAUCAGAAGCUUGCUGACGAUGGUAGUGUCACAUAUCUUUGCAAGAUUGGCUGUAUAGGAAAUGAUCAAGGUGAAGAAAAUGAAGUUGAUGCUUCCAAAGCAGGAAACUCCAGAUGUGAUUUUAGGAAACUUACAGAGGGUAAACCGUUCAAAGCUUAUGGUACAUCUCACCCCCCAAGUUCUGAUGCCAUUCGCCAACAUCCUAUGUGUGAAUCAGUACUGUUGGAGGAGGGGUGGUAUGUUAGUCCUGAGGAGUUGAAUGGUCAAGUUGCCUCUUGCUCGACAAAUAUCUAUAGUCUUGGGGUUCUAUUUUUUGAGCUCUUUUGCUGUUCUGAAACAUGGGAAGUACAUUGUACUGCAAUGUCAGAUCUUCGGCAUCGGAUUCUUCCUCCAAGUUUUCUAUCAGAAAGUCCUAAGGAAUCUGGUUUCUGUCUUUGGUUGUUGCAUCCAGAGCCUUAUUCUCGGCCAAAGUCAAGGGAUAUUAUUCUGAGUGACCUAGUAAGUGAAGGUAGAAAUUUGUCGGCAAUAGAUCAUACAUCUGCAUCAACCGAAGAAGAAGAUGCUGAAACUGACUUGUUGUUGCAUUUUCUAUUAUCUUUGAAAGAGCAUAAGGAGAAGCAAGCAGCAGAUCUAGUAGCAGGCUUUGAAUGCAUAAGAAUGGAUUUCGAGGAGGUUAAAAGAAGGCACUUAGCAAGAUCUGAGUUAGUUUUGAGUGGCAAAGUUCCGUCAUCAAAGUUUGGCGAUAUCUCAGAGUUUCACUCUCUUGAGAAACCUGUGACACAUGUGGAAACAAUGACCAGAUUAUCCAUGUCAAAUUUACUUGAUGAGAGAUUAAAUAAAAACAUUAACCAACUUGAAAAUGCAUACUUCACCAUGAGAUCCAAAAUUGAGAUACCCAAAGACAAUUCUGUAACUCGUUCCGACACUGAUCUUCUUAAGAUGCGAGAUAGGAGUUUUCAAGUCCAGAAUGCUGAUGCUGAAAUGGAAGUGGAUCAUCUUGGAAUUUUUUUUGAAGGUUUAUGCAAGUUCGCUCGUUAUAGUAAGUUUGAAGUAUGUGGUGGUCUUAAGAAUGAUGAUAUCCUUAACUGUGCAAAUGUUAUUUGCUCUUUGAGCUUUGAUGGUGAUGAAGACUACUUUGCUGCUGCUGGGGUAUCAAAGAAAAUAAAGAUAUUUGAGUUUAGCUCUCUUUUGAAUGACACUGUUGAUAUUCAUUACCCACUGAUUGAAAUGUCAAGUAGAUCCAGGCUCAGUUGUGUAUGUUGGAAUAGCUAUAUAAAAAACUACCUGGCAUCAACAGACUAUGAAGGUGUUGUUCAGUUAUGGGAUGCAAGCACUGGUCAAGGAUUCACACAGUUCAGAGGACAUCAAAAAAGGGCUUGGUCAGUCAAUUUCUCUCAAGUGGAUCCAGCUAAGCUGGCCAGUGGAAGUGAUGACUUUUCUGUGAAGCUGUGGAGCACUAAUGAGAAGAAUUGCAUUGAUACCAUCAGGAAUACGGCCAAUGUAUGCUGUGUCCAGUUCUCUCCAUACUCCUCCCAUCUGUUGUCUUUUGGAACCGCCGAUUACAGAAUCCACUGUUAUGAUCUGAGAAAUACUAGAAUUCCUUGGUGUACUCUUGGUGGACAUGGAAAGGCUGUCAGCUAUGUGAAAUUCUUGGAUGCAGAAACUCUUGUAUCUGCGUCAACUGACAACACCCUUAAGAUUUGGGAUCUUAAGAGAACAAGUGGAAGUGGUUCAUCUUGCAAUUCUUGCAGUCUGACCUUACAAGGUCAUACAAAUGAGAAGAAUUUUGUUGGUUUAUCUGUUUACGAUGGAUACAUAGCCUGUGGUUCUGAAACAAAUGAAGUAUAUGCUUACUAUAGAACUUUUCCUAUGCCAAUGACCUGUCACAAAUUUGGUUCCAUUGACCCAAUCACAGCACAAGAGACAAGUAAUGAUGGUGGACAGUUUGUGUCAAGCGUUUGCUGGAGAGGGAAGUCAAAUAUGGUUGUUGCUGCAAACUCCACUGGAAGCAUUAAAGUGAUGCAGCUGGUUUGAAAGCUGUUUCUUGCUUUACCAGAUCCAUUGACAUUCUUACCAGAUGAGGUCUUGGAGAUGCAAAAGAUUUGGUAAUGUUCUUUGACAAAGUUUCUUUUAGAUUGCUCCUAUUCAGAAAUGGUCUGCAUCUCCGAAUAUGUAUACAUACUGCAAUUUCUCUGGCUCCAAAAUUAGGUUCAUGGGUCUCUGCAAAGACCAGCAUAUGGUGUCGGGACAUCUUGAGAUUUGAAGCUACUUGCUCACAAGGUAUUCUGCAGAUCCUCGGCUUUCUUGAGUUCUUGCAUUCUCUUUAAUUGCUAUGUUGAUUAUACGCUCAUGGCCUGGAUAUCCAAAUUGGACCAGAUAUAACUGAAACCAACACACUAACCUCAUCUACUUGUAUUCAUUCCGAGCUGAUAAAUGAUGACGGAGAUGGUUUUACCGGUGAAUCAUAAGAAUUGUCCUCCAGACUUCAUUAACCAGUGUUUCAUCGAGAGACAAUAUUUGGGCUGAUUCAAGGUAAAUAAUGAAGCUGCAAACCAGUGGCGUUAGCAGAUCAGAACAGUGAUUGGAUGUAAAUAAAUGAAUUUGAUGGAGACUUUCAGUUGGAAUCAUCAACCAAUCAGUUAUAGAAUUUGAUCUUCCCAUUGUUGGUGGAUGUGCAUGACACAGUGCUUUUUCUGGCUGGUGGUGGAAGGCACCACAUAUUUGCGAUUUUGAUUCCCCAGUGUUGGCAUUCUUUUGAGAUAUGUUCCCUACAGGAUUAGCGCACGGUAGCAGAAGGGAAUAGAGCAGCAGCGACGCUAGGCAUGGCACAGGCGCUGAUGGCGGCCGUGAGAGCUCAGGUCAGACUGAUGUCUCUCCUUCCGGACGUUGGUACAUUAUUAUUAUUGCUCAUGUAUUAUAUUAUAUAUAUACACACACGCACACAACAAUAUUGUUUGAUGAGAAAAAGAAAGAAAAAAUAUUGGCCGAGAUGAAAGAAAAUAGAUGGGAUAUGAUUAUAAUUAUUGGCUAUACAUACUAUAAUUCUGAGUUAAA